AUGCGGCCUCUGGUCCUGCUCUGGGGCUGUCUGAUGCUCCCAGGUUAUGAAGCCCUGAAGGGCCCAAGGCAGAUCAGUGGAUUUGAAGGUGACACCGUGUCCCUGCAGUGUACCUAUGAGAAGACAGUGGAGAGACACAGGAAAUAUUGGUGCCGGCAGGGCGGCAUCGUGGUGUCCCGCUGCUCCGACAUUGUCUACACCAAUCAGGACCAGAGGGUGACCCGGGGCAGGAUGUCUAUCAGAGACAGCCCCAGAGAGCUCUCGAUGACCGUGACCAUGCGGGACCUUACCCUGAAGGAUGAGGGGAAGUACUGGUGCGGGAUUGACAGACUGGGCUUCGACGAGUCUUUUGAGGUCUCCCUCAUCGUCUUCCCAGGAGAAAGGGACAGUCCCAUCCCCUCGGGUACCUGCUGUCCUUCCUCCCCCACCCCAUCCUUCCAGCUUCUUACAGCUACAAGGAGCCCGCAGCCCAAGGCAAAAGCCUGGCAGACUCAGCUCCCAGAACUGACUUCUCCUGAUCUCCACCCGACAGUCGUCACAGCCCAACAGGGGAAGACAGGGGUCCAGACCCCUGUAUUCACCGAGGCGGCCCCAGUCCGGUCUGCAGGAACCUCCCAGGUUCCCCCAGGAACCUCUCCAUAUGCUGAGAGCUCUCCUCACACAGCGACCCCAGCCCAGGCUGCAGGAACCUCCCAGGUUCCCCCAGGAACCUCUCCAUAUGCAGGGAGCUCUCCUCACACAGCGACCUCUCCCCAUGCAGGGAGCUCCCGCCCAGUCAUCUGGCUGCCCCUCACCACACCCAAGGACUCCAUGGCUGAAGCCAGCAGCGUCUCCAAGUCCAGUGGGUCCAUCCUGACGGCCCGCACGAUGGCCCCAGUCCUGGUGCUCUUGUCCCUUCUGCUGGCUGCGGGUCUGAUUGCCUUUGGCAGCCACAUGCUCCGGUGGAGAAAGAACGUUCGGCUGACCACAGAGACACAGCGGGACGAGAAGGCGUGCCUCCCAACCUCGCCACCAGGAAACAGCUGGAGGCCCGAAGAUGCCAUCAUCAACCUUGCAGCGCCCCCAGAGUGUCUCUGCACGCCCAAGCCCUCUGCCGCAUCGUCCCCUGAGACCCAGCACCUCAGCCAGACUACAGAGGAAGAGGCAUCACCUUGCCUGGACCCCGAGGAGGACAUGACGGCAGCUCCUCCCCUGCAGAUGUCUGGAGAAGAACUGGCCGUGUCCGGGUUCAUAUCUGUGUAACUGCAGAGUGCCCCGUGGCCAGGCACUGUGAAGCUGAACGGCUGAGUUUGCAUGAAUUCUCUGGCUUCGCUCCCAAUCCAUGGCUCUCUCCAACUUCCUCCAGGCUCCCUUCUUGCAUGCCCCAGGAUGGUGAAAAAGUGUGCCUGGACCCCGGAGCCCAGGGUGGUACAAUUCCAGCCAUCUCCAGCAUAUUUUAAUCCCUAGAGAGAGUGUGUGGCUGUGGGCCUUCACGGGGACCUGGCAGGGCUCAGUAGAUGAGGACUGAGUUUGUACGCAUUCCAGAACGUUCCCUGGACACGGGUGCCCAGCAACGGUCCUGCCCCCCACCCCCUGCAGAUCCCACCUUCUCCUCCCUCCAGUUCUCCUGCGCCGGGUGCUGUGGAGGUGUGUGUCUAUAAAACACCUGUGUCCUGGCCCUUCAGAAAACAAUUAAACAGAAUUAAAGAUCCCCAUCAGGAC